UCAGCUGGAGCCGCCCCGUCCACUGGUCGGAGAGAACUGGGAAGAUUCAGUGCUCCAAAAUUUCCAGGCUAUUUACUAACUCAUGUCAGACUUCAGUUUCUGCGUUAAUAUAUGACCCCGGGACUGGUCUGCGGUUUAAUCCGACAGCCCGCUGAAGGCUCGCCGGGUUUGGUUGGUGCUGGCCUGCUGGUUGGUUUCUUUUCCACUGGCUAAGCUAGCUAGGUUCCGUCGCUAACAGCGCGGCUAAUCCCUGUUUUUAAAGGCUUUAAGUGAGAGAGAGCUGCGAGUCUAAAGGAGAAGAUGAAGAUUACCGUUGAUUUCGAGGAGUGUCUGAAAGACUCCCCGCGAUUCAGAGCCACUGUUGAGGAAGUGGAAGGAGAUGUGUGUGAGCUGGAGUCCAAGCUGGAUAAGCUGGUGAAACUGUGCAUUGGAAUGAUCGAUGCAGGAAAAGCCUACAACACAGCAAACAGACAGUUUGUGAGCGGCAUCAGAGAGUUAGCUCAGCAAUCAGCGAAAGAUGAGGUCAUUGAGUCCAGCCUGACCAAGUUCGCAGAAAGUCUACAGGAAAUGAUCAACUACCAUACUAUUUUGUUUGACCAAGCUCAGCGCUCAAUUAAAUCACAGCUCCAGACCUUCAUGAAAGAGGAUCUGCGGAAGUUCAAGGAGGCUAAGAAGCAGUUUGAUAAAGUGAGUGAGGAGAAGGAGGCGGCGUUGAUCAGGAACGCUCAGGCACCACGGAACAAACAGCAUGAAGUGGAAGAAGCUACCAAUAUCCUCACUGCAACACGCAAGUGCUUCCGUCAUAUCGUCCUGGACUACGUGCUGCAGAUCAAUGUUCUUCAGUCUAAGAGACGAUCAGAAAUUCUUAAAUCGAUGUUGUCCUUCAUGUAUGCCCACUUGACCUUCUUCCACCAAGGCUAUGAUCUGUUUAGUGAGCUCCAUCCGCUAAUGAAGCAACUCGGAGGGCAGUUAGAUCUGCUGGUAGUGGAUGCAGCAAAGGAAAAGCGGGAUAUGGAAAUGAAACACUCCACAAUUCAACAAAAGGCUGCCCUGCAGGACUAUUCGAAUGACGACACCAAGCUGGAGUAUAAUGUGGAUGCCGACAAUGGGAUCGUCAUGGAGGGCUACCUGUUUAAGAGGGCCAGUAAUGCCUUCAAAACAUGGAACCGGCGUUGGUUCUCAAUUCAGAACAAUCAGCUAGUCUACCAGAAGAAGUUUAAGGAUAACCCCACUGUGGUGGUUGAAGACUUGCGACUGUGUACAGUCAAACACUGCGAGGACAUUGAGCGCCGCUUCUGCUUUGAGGUGGUUUCUCCUACAAAGAGCUGUAUGAUGCAGGCUGAUUCAGAGAAACUGAGGCAGGCCUGGAUCAAAGCGGUGCAGAACAGCAUAGCUACAGCGUUCAGAGACAGAUCAGAUGACUCUGAGAAGCUGGACAGGAAGUCCUCACCGUCCACAGGAAGUCUAGAUUCAGCCACUGAGUCUAGAGAGAAGAGUCUGAAAGGAGAGAGCGCUUUACAGCGGGUGAUGGCCAUCCCGGGAAACACCUCCUGCUGUGACUGUGGCCAGCCUGACCCCAAAUGGGCCAGCAUUAAUUUGGGCAUCACGCUCUGUAUCCAGUGCUCUGGGAUCCACAGGAGUUUGGGGGUUCACCUCUCCAAGGUGAGGUCAUUGACGCUGGACACUUGGGAGCCCGAGCUGCUGAAGUUGAUGUGUGAGCUGGGAAAUGGAGUCAUUAAUCAGAUCUAUGAAGCUCGGCGAGAGGAACUAUGUGCUAAAAAACCAAAACCAGGAGACCCCAGACAAGAAGUUGAAUCAUAUAUUAAGGCCAAGUAUGUUGACCGGCGGUUUGUCAGGCGGCCAUCAGAUGAGGAGUUGAGGCUGAAGGUGGUGAGUUUGAGUAAACAGGAGACAUGCCUCAGUAACUGUUCCGAGCCGCCCCGAGCUCCGCCCCCAACGCCUAAAGGCCGCCCGGAGUCUGGAGCCUCAGCCGCGAGUGGUCUUGAAGAAGCCCGUCGUGAGUCACUCUUCUGUGCUGAUGAGUUAGACUCUCUCUUCUCCUACUUUGACACCUCUGCCAGGAUGCGCAGUAUGAAGAGUGCAGACAGUGGCAUUCAGAACAGCGCUGAGGGCAGCAGAGAGUUACUGGCUCCCAGCCAGUCUACAAACAGCUUAAACGACGCAGAAGUAGCAGAGCCGCCGUUGUCUCCGUGUCCCAGUAAAGAGAUGGUGGUGUUUAUGGAGCCAAAGGAAUAUUCCCCCGGCCUGCAGCUGUACUGGGCCGCCUUCACCCGCAGCCUGCCUGACAUGGCUGAAGCUCUGGCUCACGGAGCAGAGGUGAACUGGAUCAACACAGAGGAGGAGAAGAGGACGCCGCUGAUCAUGGCUGUGCACGGAGGCUCUCUGGUUACCUGUGAGUUCCUGCUACAGAAUUCAGCAAGCGUCAACCAACAGGACAGUCAAGGCAGGGGGCCGCUACAUCAUGCCACUAUACUCGGGCACACAGGGCAAGUGUGUUUAUUCCUGAAGCGGGGAGCCAAUCAGAAUGUGUCAGACAUUGAGGACAAAACGCCAUUGACGAUUGCAGUGGAGGCGGCUAACGCUGACAUCGUAACGCUGCUGCGACUGGCCAAGAUGAACGAGGAGAUGCGGGAGCUGGAGGGGCCGUAUAACCCGACAGGUCAAUACUCCUCUAACAGCCCUACUGAGAUGCAGUACAGGAAAUGUAUAGAAGAGUUUAUUAGCAUACAGCUGGGAGAGUCCUAGCAUUCAGCCUGCUCAGCACACCUUCACCAAUGCCUUUUAAACACAGCAGGAAUUACAGGAUGAAUUUGCACAUUUAGUGUGUUUGGUUAGAUGUCGAAGUGACACUUUAAUUAUAGUGAAUUACGGUCCUAUUUUUACUCAUUAAUGCUGUUAAAACACUCAGCGGGCUUAUUUUUAGCCUUUCUGUCCUUUCUGCAGUCAGACUAGAACAAAUUCAUUUAGUGUUGAUUCAUUUGAAUGAUUCACUAAAUCAAAUUAUAACAUAUCAUAACAAAUCACAAAUCAUUUGAUUUAACAGGAUUCAUAGCAAAUUUGAAUCAGAUCUAAGUGAAUACAAAUCCUCUUCUUUUAUCUGAAUUUUUUAAAUAUAAUUCUUUUUACAAAGCAUUUAAGAAAAUAUCUAAUAUUAUAACCUACAUUACACGGUACACAGGUGUAAUUACACAGGUGUAACAUGUCUCUAUUAAAAUAUUAGUUUUAAUAAGUCUGGCUGCUUGUAGGACAAGAUAAUGUUAAACCUAAAAACUUCCAAUAUUGCUUUAAUCUUGUAACUGGACAAGUGGAUGGUGUUGCAUGAUCAAAUGUUUUUUUAUUUCUAUAAAUAUACUGUAAGUAAUAAUUCAGGCAGUGUUGUAGAAGCACAUGUACAGAAUUAACCUUCUGGAAGGUCAAUGCAAGAAGACAGAGUAGCACUUUAUUUGCAGUGUGACACUGUAUCUCUAUCUCUAGCUGGUUUUCAUUCGGAAACUGUAAUUCAUGUAACAAAUACUGAGUCAAAUCAGUAGGACAGUAGUAUCUUAUUAGUCUAGUCUGUGGUGCCAGUAUACAUUCCUUAUAUGCAUUGUAACUUAAAGUGGUGUUCUUGGAUGGAGGUGAUCUCCAUAUAUAGAUAUAUUUAAUACUUUAAAGUUAAAUUUAUAGUUUCUAAUUUUAUUCUAGCUAUCAUCUGUUUCUAAGGGUGUAACACCAUAAAAUAUACAUUUUGUUUAUGCAUUUAAAGUACUAACUUUUAAUGGCGAUUAUUUUUAGCCUGUGCAAACAUUUUACAAUUUUUUUUUUAACAAUUUGACCAUUUACACACCUGAGAAAGUUACUUAUUUUUUUAAUAUUUAUUUUCUAUUGCAAGUGAUAUAUAGAAAUAUAAUUUGCAUUAUUCUGAAAGUGUAUAUAUGAGUAUAUUUAUGUAUCAGAGGCUAUUUAAGUGACAGUUAAUUGUGUAUUUAUGAAAUAUAUAUAUCAAACAAGCAAUCUUACUAUCUAAGCAGGUCAGUCUUGCUAGUUUACGUUGCACAAGAAAGCGAGUGCCAAAAUGAUUGUAGUGUUUGUUUGUGGGAUAUAAUGCUUUAAUGCUGGCUUUUGCCACAAGAGGGCAGACUAUCAGUUCUGGGAGUUCUUAGAGCAGCUGUGCUUUCUUUUUUCUUUCUUUCUUUUUCCUUUCAAACCUAAUGUGUUUUAUGGGGUGCCGCUUUUUCUUUGCUUUUCCUGACAGCUUUACUACUGUUUCCUUCGCUGCUGAUUUCUGUAAAGCUGUUAUCUGUAUUCUGACACAUUGACCUAAAUGUGAUCAAACUUUUCUUGAAUGUCAUGAAACCACAGUCUCAAAUCACACAGGCAAAACUUCCAGACUUGUGAAAAUUGUUCAUAUGGCGAUGUAGACAUUGCUCUGUUGAUUUUAUGUGGUUGGGCUGGAGAGUAUAUGAUCUAUACUGGUGUACUGUGAUUGUGGCAAACCUUGUUUCCUGGUUAUUAAUGAAAAAAUAAUGUACGGUUAUUUUUGUUUACCACAUUACUAGUAAAUGGAGGUCAAUGUGAAUAUAUUUUGUUUUUACACAUUUUCUUCACUUGCUCCACUGAUCAUAUAGGACAUAGUUAUAUAUUGCAGUCCCUUUUCUGCAUACUUUAUUAUCCUUCUUUCACCCAGUUCAUCAAGGGUCAAGACCACUUUAGAGCAGUGCUGCUGGAGCUUUAAAUACCUUUUUUUGUUAAACCACAAAGUGUCCAAUAUGCUCAGUGGAGCUGAUAAAAUUGAUUAAUGGGUCAAAUUAUAGGGUGUAGAAACAAGGAGGUGGAUAUAAUAAUGUUAUGCUUGAUCGGUUUAUAUAACAUUGUCUCAGAAGUUUAUGCUGAUAAAGGAUAUGUUGCGGUUUUAAACCAGACUAGUGUGCUCCCUAAAAAAAUGUUUAGUUUUAAUUGUGUUUAUCAUUGUUACAUAGUGGUGGGUUGUCUGUCAAUAGUUGCUUCGCAAAGUAUGAAGCCAAAAAAAAAGCUCCAGAUAAGAUAUAAAUUUAAUAUAACAGUAUAUUGAACUGUAUUAUUUGGAGCUACAUUAUGUAAAGUAUGUGUGUUGUGCUCUUAUUUUGAAGAGACUGUGGUUUUUCUUCAUUUUCACUUUCCAUUAUUCUACGCUAAUGCUAACAUGCACUCUCAUUUCUACUGAGCCUGUAUUAAUCUUCAUCUGAAGAGGACUGUGAGUUUAACUGAGCAAGAAUGUAAGAAGCUUCACACUGUCUGAUAAAGGUGUGAGGCAUCUGUUGGAGCUUUCUAAUAAACCUCUUUCUUUCUGAA